AUGGACGCAAAGAAUCCCAACAAGGAGUACAGAUCUACUCCCGAGUACGCAGAGUACCAGCGGGACAACUUUUGGGCCGACAAUGAAGGAAAAGUGCCUCCUUUCAACACACCAAAGGAGAAGCUCUCGGAGGGUGGCUGGUACUAUGCCUCUUCCAAUGCUGGCUACUCAACAACACAUCUCGCCAACCGCCAGGCCUUUUACCGUCAUCGCAUCAUUCCUCGCAUGCUAGUCGACACCAACAAGCGCGACACCACUUGGGAGAUUUGGGGCCAUAAAACCAGUGCACCCAUUGGAUUCUCUCCUAUUGGUAUCAACAAGAUCUAUAACCCUCUUGGAGAGCUUCCAGUCGCCAAAGUUGCGAAAGAACUCAAUCUGCCGUAUUGUCUGAGCACUGCUGGUUCGCAACCGAUUGAGGAUGUUGGUGCUGCUAAUGGAGAGGGUCCUCGCUUUUUCCAGCUAUACAUGCCGCACGACGACGAGUUGACCAUUUCACUCUUGCGUAGAGCCAUUGAUUCGGGCUUCACCGCCUGCAUCUUGACUGUUGAGUAUGUGGUUUCUCAAGUUUUUCGACCGAAUCAGCCACUGACAAGUCCUUCACAGCNNACAUGGCAACUCGGAUGGAGACACGACGAUGUCGCACACAGCAACUAUGCUUUCUACCAUGGAAUUGGUGCCGAUUUGGGUCUUUCCGAUCCUGUAUUCCAGAAGAGGCUCGCAGAAGACGGUAUCGAUCCUAAGAAGGAACCUAACAAAGCAGGUGCCAAGUGGAUUGAUAAUGUCUGGCAUGGCAGAGCUCACAGCUGGGAGAAGAUGCCCUGGCUCAUCAAGACGUGGAAGGAGAUGAGUGGCGGCAAGCCUUUUGCUAUCAAGGGUAUUCAGAGCGUGGCCGAUGCCAGAAAAUGUGUUGAGAUUGGUUGUGACGGUAUUGUUGUCAGCAACCAUGCUGGAAGACAAGUUGACGGCGCCGUGGCGAGUCUUGAUGCCUUGGAACAGAUUGUUGAUGCUGUUGGCGACAAGAUCUACAUCAUGUUCGACUCUGGAGUUCGUGGCGCCUCGGACGUCUUCAAAGCUCUUGCACUGGGAGCCAAGUUCGUUUUCGUUGGUAGGCUCUGGGUUUGGGGUUUGAGCAUCAUGGGAGAACAUGGUGUUAGGCACGUCAUGAAGUCGCUUUUGGCAGACUUUGAUAUCCUGUUGAACGUUGCUGGCUUCCAGAAUGUCGAGCAGAUUGUGGGCAACCGCGAAGCACUUGAGUCCUUACCCAAGGCAUACACACUCAUUCAGGAGAGAGCAAAGCUCUGA